CUGCAGCCAAGCCCAAGCGCUCGUUUGAGUACAAACCCUCCACAAAUUCAAAUUCUCUAAUCAUGGUUCCAGCAAUUACUCGGAAGCGAGUCUAGAGCCUCUGAUCUUGUCGUUCACUUCGCUUUGACCUUUACAGAGCCCUCACCUGUCUUGCAAAGGUGGUCGAGAGCAGCCGGAGAAGACGCUUGCUUUGCUUCCGAGAUCGAUGAUGUCGAAUAACCGCCUGAAUCCAAAUUCGUUCUCGUGAAAUCAAGUUACGCGUCAAAUCAACCAUAUCCCACACUGACUCUUACCACUUCAACACCACCAACCGGACUUACAGCUCACUCUGAUAAUUCCUAUCCCACUAUCCAAUUCUUCAACCUGCCUAAUAACGACAGCAUGGAGGAAAUCACGCCUACCCCGUUCCCGUCGCUGAUGCAUACAACGCAAAUUACGGAUCAUGCCUUCUCUUCCAACGAGCUGUCCCAUUCCUUUCAGUGCGAAGCUGAUAUCAUUCGAGCCUGGGGCAAUUUGCUGGUCAGAUACACUCUUGAGUCCUCUGUGGUCUUUACCUACGUUGAGAAAUCUAAGACCUAUGUCGUCGUGUAUGACUCCGAAUCGGCAGAUUACACGCUCCACCCUGCUCCAGAUGCAUACUCAAUCUCUCGUUCCGGAACCACGGUUGCGUUCGACGUUGAUCACUAUUUGCCUCCUGAUUGCGAUAUUGUGGCGGCUUUCUCCUCAUCUGGGAAUGUAACGCUUGUGUGUCGCCGAUCUUUGAUUCCGGAUGACUUUGUGGGCGAGAUGGGUAGUCAGUUGCUCCGCGAUAAGAAUACGACUGCAGGUGUUCUCAACUUCCCUAGCCGUGAGCUUCCGGGUCCUGGUACUCUUCAUAACUUGUCUCAGUUCAGCUCUUCUUCUAUUGCGCUUGAAUUCUUGAAUGAGUCGGGAGAGAUCACCAGAAUCUCCUACGAAGAGCUCAGCGCCCUCUCCGCCAAGGUAGCGAGAAAGUUAGUCAAAUUCGAAGCGUCUGUGGUUCCUCUGAUGAUUCCUCAGUCAGUUGAGAUGUACAUCGCUGUUCUCGGAAUUUUGCGCGCAGGGAAAGCCUUCUGUCCUCUUUCAGCUUUCGAUACGCCGAAAGAAAGAAUCAGCUUUGUUGUACGCGAUACUGCGGCUGACGUCAUUUUGGUGACCAACGAAACCGAGAGCUUGGUUAGAGGCAUUGAUGUCAGUACAAUCGCUGUCAAUGAUGAGCUUCUCACCGAUCGUAAGGAUGACACUCCUUAUCAAGAUAAGGUUGUCGAUGGCGACUCGAUCGCUUAUUGCAUGUUUACAUCUGGAUCAACUGGAACUCCGAAGGGUGUUCUCGUUUCCCAUAAGAAUGCGUGCCAGGCGCUUCUUGCGCACUCCUUUGUCCCGCACUUCAAGAAAUUUCUCAACUUUGCUUCCCUGACUUUCGACGUCUCUGUGCUUGAGAUCUUCCUCCCUUGGUUCCGUGGAGCUACAUUGGUGUCAGCCUCGCGUUCCUUGUUAUUGACAGAUCUCUCAGAUGUCAUACUCAAGUUGAACGUUGAUGCUUGUGAGCUAACGCCUACCGUCGCAAGUUUGCUCUCUUAUGAGACUCACAAUUCAUUAAAGAUCGUCAUGACGAUCGGAGAGAAGCUGACGAGAGACGUAAUCGACAAACUUGGAGGUGCGAGAAUUCUGUAUAACACUUACGGACCUACCGAAGCCGCAAUCCAGUGUACUGCAGCGACUGAAGGAACUUGUCGUGACUUCUAUGAAAGCGAUAUCGGAGUACCCCUCACCACUACCACGAUCUUGAUAUGCGACUCAUCUAUUCAAGAUCGUAUCGAUUGCUUGCCUGUUGGAUGGCGGGGUGAACUUGUUAUUGCUGGAGUCCAAGUUUCCAAAGGCUAUCUCAAUCGACCUGAUCUCACUGCCAAAGCAUUCAUGCAUCACUCGAAAUAUGGUCUAUGCUACAGAACCGGGGAUUUAGCACGUGUUCUACCUAAUGGCCGUAUAGCGUUUGCUGGGCGUAUAGCAGAAGGCCAGGUGAAGGUUCGAGGCCGUCGUAUCGAGCUUGGAGAGAUUGAAUAUGCCUGUCGCGUGCCUGCCGUCGCUCUGGUUCUCAACAGCCAGCUAGUCGUCGCUGUCGAAUCUGAGUCUAUUACGGCGCGAGAGAACUGCGAGAAGUUUCUUCCUGGUUAUAUGCUUCCUGACUAUUAUUUCGUUGUCGAGAAAAUUCCACUUCUGGAAUCUGGAAAAACGAACAGGAAGCUAGUUAAAGCUAUAGCCGAGCGGGAAUUUGCCCAGAACUUGCAGCAGACGGCUGAUGUGGAGUACGCCAAUGAAGCGGAAAGUGCGAUUGCAAAGUCGAUACACAGCAUUUUAGGGGUUUCUCCAGGACCUGAAGUUUCAUUCAGAAGCAUUGGUCUCGAUUCAAUUCAUGCCAUGCGUCUGGCAGCGUUACUGAAACAGUCAUUCACUGAAAAACGGUUCAGAGUUGUGGAUAUUCUGCUGGCUGACUCUAUUCGAUCUCUCACGAACACCUUUUUGCAUCAUCUGAGUGAGGAGAUCCGGCCAAUGGAUAAUCUUCUUCAGAGCUACAGUGACGUUCCGCAGGGUGUAACAGGAGUUUACGAGGUGACUCCUCUGCAGCUAGGUAUGCUGUUCGAGUGGUCUCGCGACCAUCGUCUUUACAGCAAUCGAAUCACUGUCCGGAUCAGGAAUGUUUCUGGACAAGCUGCAAUCAUUAAGGCAUUCCGUUACCUGAUUGACAAGCACGAGAUCCUGCGAACCGGUUUUCUUGAAGUUCAAGACGGUAGAAUGUUUGUACAGAUAGUUUACCGUGACUCCUCGUUCCAGGUUUUUGACGGUCCGGAAAGUGAUAGAUUUGAGAGGGUAGAUCUACCGCCGCUGCAAAUCUCCCUCAGAUCUGGCUCAUCCGAUCAAGAAUGUUUGGCAGAUAUCAUGAUUCACCAUGUUCUUUACGACGGCUGGGCAUUUGAUAAAUUGCUGGGCGAGCUGGAGAGAGCACUCAAGGAUCCAGAGCUCAAACGCGUUUCUUCAUCUCAGUUCAGGCAUGCUGUGCCAUUAUUGUACAGGAGUGAAGGUAGUAUCGACUUCUGGAAAAAUUACCUGGACGGUGCCUCUGUAUCAACACUACCGAAGCUCAUACCUCCCGGGAGUGAGAUUGCUACUCCGUUUGCAAAGAAAGCACACCUCCUACUUUCCACGCCUUUCUCGGAUAUUCAAAACUUCAGUAAGAAAUACCGAGUCUCUCCUCAGAGCAUAUUUCAUUUGGCAUGGGCUCAGGUGUUGCGCAUCCUCCAGGCUGAGAGCGAUGCUUCCGAUGUUGUCUUUGGAACGGUUAUAUCUCGUCGAGCGCAGCUAGUUGAAGCGGGAUUAGAGGAUGCUUUGGGACCCAUGAUCAACACUCUUCCUCUUCGGGUUCCUUUGACUGCUCCCAUAAUCGACACUCUUCGCGAGCUGACGGAUGCUUCCUUACGCAUUAUGCAGCAUGCUGAUGUGUCUUUGGCAGAUGUUGGAAAAACGAUGGGGAGUCAUGCCAACGCUUUCCAUACUUUGGUGGUAUGGCAGCAAUCUGACAAAACAAAAAGUGAUAUGGUGCAUAUAAUAGAUUCUUUGGAUCACUUGGAGUUUGAGCUACUUGUUGAAUUCGAGCCUCAAUUUGGCACUGGGUUGGUUAAUGGAAGCAUUACAUUCCACACAGAUCAAAUUGCGUCAACUCAGGCUGAAUCUAUUCUCAAGUUGAUCAAUGAAUAUAUUCAGCAGCUUACCCGUGACGAAAGCUCUCUUAAAUUGACUUUGGAACAGCUUACAGUCGAUGAUUCUUUGCUUUCAGUACGCAAUCCCACGCCAGUCAGCUUCAAUCCUGGCUGUCUAUCUGCUAUUGAUCUGGUUGGUUUUGACUCUGGGAAAAUGGCUAUUGAGAUAGUGAAUGACCAUGGUUAUGAAUCGGUGACUUAUGACCAGCUGAGAUCUGCAUAUCAGUCUUAUGCCUCUAUGCUCCGGCAAUGUGGAAUUGACAAAGGUGAUUAUGUCGGUGUGGUAUUGCCAAAGUCGAUUGAGCUUUAUGUGGUGGUUCUUGCAAUCUGGUCGAUGGGUGCUGUUUAUGUUCCAGUUGAUCCUAGCACACCUGUCGAUCGCAUCAAUAUCGUCAUGUCCAGUGCAGGUGCCAAACUGUGUCUAAUCUCAAAGACACUGGAAACUUUGUCAAUUCGCAAUUCUAAAGUUGUGGUAUCUUAUCAAAACAUCAAAAAGCCAUCAGAAAUGCUUGCGCCUGUGAAGAUCUCUCCCAAUGAUGUGGCGUAUGUUAUCUUCACGUCUGGAUCCACUGGAACCCCCAAAGGUGUCGUGGUACCUCAUGAUUGCGUUGUCAACAACAUUCUCCUGCUUUCCCAAUACUAUCCUGCUCCUUCACGCGACUCAAAAAUGCUCCAGCUAUGCUCGAUCAGCUUUGAUGUCUCGAUUUUUGAGGUGCUUUAUGCUUUCCACAACAACAUGACAUUGGUUUCAGCUCCCAACUCUGUCAUACUUCCACAGCUCUCGAAAGUUAUUCACGAGCGAAAGAUAACCCAUUUGAGUAUGACGCCAACAGUCGGUUCUCUCUUGGAAAAGGAUUUUAUGGGAGGUGUCGAGCUGGUCAUUUUCGCUGGUGAAGCUAUUAAUCCCUCAACCAUUGAAUUCUGGAGGGGUUUACCUGCUGUCGUCGCCAACUCAUACGGACCUACGGAAAUGACAAAUGUCUGCAAUGGUCUAUUGGGCUUGACACCAAAGGAUGACUUUCGCAACAUCGGAAAGUCUUUCGCCAAUACGUCGUGUUUCAUUCUGGAUCCUGAAUCGACGAAGAUACUUCCUAUCGGUAGCGUUGGCGAGCUAGCGUUUGGUGGAUACCAAGUCACAGCUGGCUAUCUCCACGCCCCAGAACUAAGUCGCGAAAAGUUCAUACAUCUUGGGAAAGACUACGGCCGUGUCUAUAGAACUGGCGAUCGCGCCAGAAUGCUAGCUGACGGGAGUAUUCUGUAUCUUGGCCGUCUGGAUAGUCAAGUGAAGAUUGCAGGCCAGCGCGUUGAGCUCGGCGAGAUCAAUUCUGCAGUCUUGCAGACUUCUGGCGUGCUCGAGUCUGCGUCGACAGUGAUGGAUGGUCGUAUUGUCGUUUUCGUGCAAUCAUCACAGGAGGCAUCGGCUCUUGAGGCAAAAAUCAGGCGAAGCUUGGAGUUGAGAUUGCCAGUUUAUAUGCAGCCUUGGACGAUCGCUAUUGUUCCCAAGUUCCCUAUUACUACAAACGGAAAGACUGACUUGAAAAAGCUCAGCCUUUUUAUGGAGAACGGAAACAAGCGCACAGUCGACUUCCCUCGAGAUGAACUUGUGGUUGUAUCAGGGAGUGAGAAUGAGCGGCUGCUAGCAGAAGUGCUGGUGCAGCUGAUCAAGGGUCUGACACUGGAAGAGAUCCGGAAGACAAAGUCCCUUUUCUAUUAUGGACUGGACUCUGUAUUGGCUGUGAAGUUGAUCAAUCUCUUAUUGCAAAGAGGUUUCCUGUUGUCAAUCGGUGACAUUCGUCGCGAUACAGUCGUUACAGAACUGGCAGCUAAGCUUCGGUCAGCCAAGCUCAACGAUGGGCCGAGUGAGCGCGAGAUGCUGUACAAGUUCUCAAAGUUUGCUGAGGAUGUUGAACCAUUCAUCACCAGCCAUGGGAUUGACGUGUCUUCAGUCGAGUGCACUCUGCCGGUGACUUCUAUGCAGGAUAUGCUACUUGGAUCUCAGAAAUCAUAUCUGAGUAGUUUCGUGUUAAAGCUCUCUUCUCCAGAUCAUACCGAGCUGAUCAAGAAUGCGUGGGCCGUUAUGCCGUCGCAUAGGGAGAUGCUGCGUACAUGUUUUAUUCCCAUCGGAGCAAACUCGUACAAUUGCUCGUUUGCUCAAGUUAUCCUGCGAGAAAGUGGCGUAGACUUUGGUCGCCACUGGCACGAAAAAAUGCUAAGACACCCAUCUGAUUAUCCCUUGGGUGAAAUCGCGUUCGAGGACAUGUCUGUGCCGCCAUAUCGCAUUACUGAGCUCAAAUGUGACAACGGAACUUAUUUGGCUAUGGAAUUUCAUCAUGCAUUGUUUGACUUACACGCUCUGAACCUACUUCUGAAUGAUGUCUGGCAGCUCAUAACGCUCGGAAAGGUGGAUCCCAGACCUUCAUAUCUUUCAGCGAUAUACGCAAUUCAUAAUGUUGAUACUAGCGCGGGCGUUCGCCAUUACUCGGAUCUUUUACUGCAUUACGAGCCACAAGAGUUCCCUGAUCUAAUGCAAUCGUGUUUGUCAGGUAGACCUAAUGGACGAAUGAGCACAAUCUAUCGAUCUACUUCCUCUUUGGCGCAUGUGGAUGCUCAAUGCCGAGGUAUGGCUGUCUCUUUAUCAGCAGCCGUAUAUACCUCGUGGGCGAAGCUAAUGGCGCUGGUUUGUGGAUCAUCUGACAUUGUGUUUGGAGCAAUUACAAGCGGACGUGCAUCUUUCCCAGGAUGUCAAGACACAAUUGCUCCAGUUUUUCACAGUUAUCCCAUUCGCUGCAACUUGAAGGAGCUACAGUCGAAUAAAGAUGCGCUACAAGAGCUGGAGAAACAGUCAACAGAGUGCUCGCGAUAUCCCUUCACGCCAAUGCGGGACGUUAUAAAGGAGUACAAUCGCGCAAAUGAUGGAAAUCCGAAUUUACGACUGUAUGACACGAUGGUUGUCAUUCAGAGCGUUCUUGAUUCGGACGAUGCGGACGGUCUCAACAAUUCGUUCUGGUCAUAUCACAGUGAACGAGAUGACAACGAUAUGUCUGUUAUUCUUGAAAUCCGCCGGAAUAUUAAAGAUGACUCUAUCGAGUUUUUGGCUUCGCACGACAGAUCAGUUUUGGACGUCAGUCAGGCUUUGCACCUUCUUUCAAUUCUAGACUGUCUACUUAAGAAUGUGGUGGAUCAUCCGACAAGCUCGCCGUCGGAUCUUCUGGGACUUGCGAGUGGACAGCUUUCUAUCUCCAGUCCAGCGUCGAGAAUUGUAACUGCAAAAUAUCUGCACUCUGGCUUUGAACUUAAUGCUUCACAAAAGCAGAACAAAUCUGCAUUGGAGUUUUUGCAGGAGGACGGCUCUAUUCGAAUGUGGACGUAUAGUCAACUUAACUCGUGGGCCAAUAAGCUUUCGAAGUAUCUGAGCCUGGAACAUGGGGUGACUAUUGAACAGUCUGUUCCGUUAUGUUUGCCAAAGUCACCUGAGUAUUAUGCAAGUCUGCUGGCUGUCUUGAAAUCUGGAGCAGCGUUUUGCCCCAUUGAUCCAGCUACCCCUUCUGAUCGCGUUGCUUAUAUGAUCUCAGAGCUGGGAGCUUCCGUCAUUCUGGUCGAUAGUGGCUCGAGGUCAGCUAUAGAAGCUGCGGUUGCUGGGAGUGGUUUGUCUGUUUCUAUUAUCGAUGUGUCUGCUCUAAAUAUUGAUGAUCUAGGAAGUGAUAAUCGGGUUAUUGAUGGCUAUAGUGAUUCUGCGACCGCAUAUAGGAUCUAUACAUCAGGAACAACUGGAAAGCCCAAGGCCGUCUCGGUAGAAGUUAGAAAUUCUGUACAGACUAUUCUUGCGUCUGACGCUCUUCUUCCACAUCACGAAAAUAGCCGACUUCUUCAAUUUGCGUCUACUACUUUUGAUAUGUCGAUAUAUGACUGUUUUAUUGCUUGGGAAUACGGCCUAACUUUAUGUGCCGCCCAACAAAGUCACGUCAUUUCAGAUCUGGAAAGUGUUAUCAACCAGCUCCAAAUCACAUUACUGGAUCUGACACCUAGCGUGGCUUCGACAUUGCGAAGAAGUAGUGUGGCAUGCGUCGAGUGCCUCUACUGUAUUGGAGAAGCGCUUCCGCAAAGUGUUGUGGAUGAAUGGGAUGGUGCGUGUGUUAAUUCAUAUGGCCCGACCGAAGCGGCGAUGUGUUGCACAAUCACCAAAACCUUGAAAGGAACCAAGAGCUCGAUCGUAGGUCGUUCGUUUGGAACAACCGAAUUCUACGUUUUGGACCCUGAGAGCCAGCGAAUACUUCCAACUUACAGCGUUGGAGAACUAGCUAUUGGUGGCUAUCAGGUUGCUCGCGAGUAUUUCAAGAAUCCUGAGCUUUCUGCUAGCAAAUUCAUUCAUUUGAACAGUGCUGAAAAUCAUCCCAGAGUUUACCGUACAGGUGACUUGGUUCGCAUGUUAGAGGGUGCAACAGUUGAUUUUAUCGGAAGGAAAGAUGACCAAGUGAAACUCCGAGGUCUUCGUAUUGAGCUUCAAGAAGUGAACGCCGUUAUACGAGAAGCCCUGUCGACGAGUGGUCUCAUUGACCUCAAGGAUAUAUGCACAGUCAUCCUCGGGACAUCUCAGCCCCAGUUGGUUUCUUUCAUCAGUAUUGGUAGUCCGCUUGACGGCUGCGAAAUUAUCCAGAGUGGCGAGGAUCUUUCAAAGGCGCUUUCGUUGGCGCGCACUUGCUGCGAGUCAUUUCUUCCACGGUAUAUGGUACCUUCAGCUUUCAUUCCCAUAACUACUAUCCCACUGUCACCUGCUGGAAAAUUAUCUCGCAAGCGUCUUCAAGGAAUUUACAAUGAUUUUGUUUCUCGAAUGGUUGAAGAUCAGCUCAUGCCAGAUAAUGAUAUGGCGGAGCUAACGGAGACCCAGCAGAAGUUACAGCAGAUAUUCUCUGAUGUGAGUGGACUUCCUGUUGAGACGGUUAAACUGGAGACGAGCAUCUAUCAGCUGGGAAUGGAUAGCAUAUCGGCUACUCAAAUAUCCGCAGCUAUGAGAAGAGCAGGGCUACGUGCGACGGCCUUAGAUGUUUUAAAGUGCAUGAACAUUUCGAAAUUAUCUGCCCUGGUUGAGACCAGUUCGGAGCUCUCUGAUGAUACGGAUGUGUGUUCGACUUUCGAAACGUCUUGCCGCAAAAUGGCUUGGGACGAUGUUUCUUCCGAUGUCAAACAUAUUUAUCCGUGCACGCAUACUCAGGAGGGAAUUCUUUCUCAGUUCCAGAGCAGCGAAGGUACCUUGUAUUUCAACUACUUUGUGCUGAGCAUUCCCAAUUCUGUUGAACAAGAAAGAGUUCGCCGAGCAUGGGCUAGAGUCUACUCGAAAUACGACAUCUUGCGUACGGGUUUCAAAGAGAUUGAGGUCGAUGGGUUCGCAUAUGCCCAAUUGAUCUACGGGACAUCGGAUAUAAGAUUCGCAUCGCGCGUAGUCGAUGACAUCAGUUCAUACGCGCCUGUUACUUGCGAUAAUUAUUCCAAGGUGGCAUUGGAGCAUCUUAAUGAACCCCAGGUUUUUCUUGAAUAUAUAUCAGAGCGAGAUGGAAAAUCUUUUUUGCUGUUCGCCGCAAAUCAUGCGAUUUUUGACGCCAACUCAUUAUCGAUGAUCAUGGGUGAAAUGGAAGAACUUUGUCAGCCAGAUUUUGAGCCCAAUGGAUACUCUCCCGAGUUCAAAGAUACGCUGAACGAGAUACUACAGCUUCAGAAGUCUUCCUCGUCUGGGUCGGCCAGUUUCUGGCGGAGUCUGCUCAGUGAUGCUCCAGUGACGCGGAUACCAAACCUGAAUCCGUUUGUUAGUGAGAGAACUGUUUCUGCCAAGCUAUGCACAGAGAACGUUUUGUCGGUGUCGCAGAAGACUCUGCAGGACUUUUCAUCAAAGCUGGACGUUUCUAUUCAAACAAUCUGCGUUGCUGCGUGGGCUAAGCUGCUCUCUCUUUAUGUUGGUGAGACAGAUGUUCUUUUUGGCUUAGUCCUAUCUGGACGAACAGGUUUGAAAAGUGCAGACUCCAGUGUCUUCCCGUGCCUCACGACUGUGCCGUUCAGAUCUACUCUUGAUGGUUCGAAUGAAAAAUAUAUCCGAUCUGUGCACCAAACAGCAACCCAAAUCUUGGAGUUCCAACAUACACCAUACAGUACUAUUCGUGAAGCCAGCGACUCGCGGGGUAGUCUGUACGAUUCGGUUUUUUUAUACCAGAAGACGCAGUCAGAUAGUAACCGCAUUAAGACGUGGAACUACGUACUGGACAAAGGAACUACGGAGUAUUCGCUAUCUUUGGAGCUUGAGCCUUCAAUGAAUGGCACUUAUUCGGCGCGGCUCUCUUAUGAUAACUCGCUGGUCCCUACAGAACAGGCGGCUCUGAUGCUCAGACAGUUUGAAAGUGUUUUGCUAGACUUUUUGGAUCACACUCAAGAGAUCUGUGUGCACCCCCACAUUCCUGUCGAUUUGAGCUCUGUUUUGCUCCCUCGCGUUACUUCGAUUCCCACGGAUGUUCGAUUUUUGCAUGAAUUUGUUGAGCGUCAGGCUGCUCUAGACCCUUCUCGCACGGCUCUGGAGUUUGCUACUGUAAUUGAGGAAGAUGAGUUGGAAGUUACGAGAUGGAGCUUCCGGGACAUUGAUCGCGAAGCAAAUAAGAUUGCCAACUUCUUGCUUACAACUUUUGAGGUUAGGCCUGGUGACAGAAUUGCCGUCUGUUUUGAUAAGUGUCCAGAGGCCUCUUUUGCAUUUGUCGGGAUUUUGAAGGCUGGCUGUUCUUUCUUGGCUCUUGAUCCUACCUCCCCCAUAGACAGGAAAGGGUAUAUUUGUGCAGAUGCUGGAGUGAAAUGUCUUUUGAGCAGUGAUUCUCUGCUCGAAGCACUGAGCACGAUAAAGGUGCCGGUGAUAUCCGCAACCUCGAUCGAUAUAGUACGGUCGUCACCAGAGGCACCAUUGCUCAAACAAGAUUUAUUACCGGAGAAUACCGCUUAUUGUCUUUAUACUUCGGGAUCUACUGGAAACCCGAAAGGUUGCAUGUUGUCGCAUGAAAAUGCUGUACAAGGCAUGCUGGCAUUUCAGCAGCAGUUUGCAGGAACAUGGACUUCCAGCUCAAAGUUCAUGCAGUUUGCCUCGUUUCACUUCGAUGUGAGCGUCCUUGAGCAGUUUUGGAGUUGGUCAGUCGGCAUCGCAGUAGUUUCGGCGCCUCGAGACCUUAUAUUGAAAGAUCUACCAUUGAGCAUUCGCGCUCUCGGUGUCACUCAUAUAGAUCUCACCCCUUCUUUGGCGGUUUUGGUCAGUCCCGAAACUGCACCGUCUCUGUGUAGAGGUUUAUUCAUUACUGGAGGCGACCUUCUCAAACAGGAAGUACUGGAUACUUGGGGAGAUAAAGGCGUUAUCUACAAUGCAUAUGGACCUACGGAAGCUACGAUAGGUGUGACUAUGCGCCAACGAGCACCAAGGACUAUCCGACCAUCAAAUAUUGGAAGUCAAUUUUCAAAUGUGGGUAGUGCGGUCUUUUAUCCGGGGACCGAAGUUCCUGUCCCUCGAGGUGCCAUAGGAGAGCUAUGCGUUUCCGGAGCCCUGGUCGGCGAUGGAUAUAUCAAUCAACCUGACACUACGGCACUCUGUUUUAUGCAUAGUGAUCUACUAGGAGACAAAAUGUAUCGCACGGGAGAUCUUGUUCGGCUUCUUUCAGACGACUCGUUUGAUUUUGUAGGUCGGAAAGAUACGCAAGUCAAAUUACGCGGCCAGCGCCUGGAAAUUGGUGAGAUCAAUGCAGUUAUGAAGGCUCCAGAAGAGGGUAUCGUCGAUGCGGUCACCUUAAUCUUGAAGCAUCCUGCAAACCACCGCGACCUGCUCGUUAGCUUCAUAGUUGUGCGCGACUCUGAACCGAUUCAAGGACUCCUUAUUGCUUCAGAAAGCGUACGUCAUGUGCUUCAGACCGCGCGCGAUCGCUGUCUAUCAAAGCUGCCGAACUACAUGAUUCCUACAUAUAUUCUCCCGCUCUCUCGAAUUCCACUUUCUGUUAAUAACAAGGUUGAUGUGAAAGCUUUGGCGAAGCUUUACAGUGACGCUAAUAUGGAUGAGAUCGCAAAAUAUGCGGAAAGCGGAGGUUCAGGAGAUGAAGACUGGACAGAUACAGAGAAGCGCAUACUAGCAGAGCUUGAAUCGCUAGAUGGAAUUGAUAAAUCCACAAUUGACAGAAACACCACUUUCUUUCAGUGCGGUUUGGAUUCUAUCUCUAUGGUCCCACUAUUGAAGAAGUUACGACAGGUGUUUCCGUCCAUAAGGCUCUCCGCGCUUAUGCAAUACCCGUCGAUAAGACUUCUUGCUUCAUAUCUAUCCAGCAAAUCGUCCGAAAAAUCUGCACAGUUCACGCGUGAAAGCGAGGAAGUCAAUUUGCUAAACUACCACGACCAGGCCAGCCAAACUCUGGAUCUGGCGACGGAUGAUAUUGAGUAUAUUCUUCCGUGCACCUCUUUGCAAGAAGGAAUCAUUGCACGUGCUAUGAGCUCCGAAACUCGCAUUCCUAUGUACCUCAACCGAUAUCGCUUCAAUCUUUUCGAUGAAGUGGAUGAGGCGCGUCUUCAGCUCUGCUGGAAUACUGUUGUAUCCCAAAAUCAGGCUCUACGUGCUUGCUUUCUGGAAACCGCAGAUGGAGUUCUUCAAGUGAUUCUGCGCGACUGGAAGCCGUUCUGGAUAGAGUCUUCAACAGAUAGCGAUGAUAUUGACGGCCUAGUUGAGUCUUCGUUGAUCGAUCAUUGGUCAAAUAUUCAACUGUCAAGGCCUCCUAUGAUUCUACAUCUUGUUCGCUGCUCAGGGUCGAGACUUUUGACUCUAAGUAUAUUCCACGCUCUCUAUGAUGCAGUGUCAUUGCAGCAGGUGUUGAAUGAUGUGGUAAAGCUCUAUUUCUAUUUGGGUGUCCCAAAACGUCCCUCAUUUGUUGAAGCUGUUUACCGUAUGCAGCGAUCAUACGAUAUAGCUAAAGCGGAGCUGUUCUGGACUGAUAUGUUUUCUCGUCUACAAAUGAGACCUCUCUUGGACAACCCUGUUGGCGAUCAAAGGAGCACGUUGCUGUCGUUCGUUUCUACUUUUUCAUAUGAUGUUAUUAAGGCUUCAGCUCGAUCUCUUUCAUGCACUCCUCAGGUUCUAUUCCAAGCAGCUUUUUCGCUCUCUCUCGCUACUCUUAUGGGAAGUGUGAUAUCUUUCGGUGUUGUGGUCUCCGGUCGAUCUUUCCAGGAUUCAUUGGAUGAUGUUGCAGGUCCCUUGUUCAACACUCUGCCGGUUGCAUUGGACAUCAGUGGGUUUGAAAGCCAUAGGGAUAUGGUGAAGAGAUUGCAGGACUACUCGUCUUCUUUAACUGCUUUCCAGCAUUUUCCUCUUCGCCAAAUCAGAAAAUUGGUGAACGUUUCCAACAAUCAAAACCUCUUUGAUGCUGUUUUUGUGUUUCAAGGAGAUCAGGAGUCAGAAUUUGCAGACUCUUUGUGGAUUAACGAGGAGAUUGGAGAGUAUACAACCGAUGCACGUAACCGAUUGCUCUUUUAUCCUAUCUCUUUCGAAGUUUCACCGGAAUCAACUGGAAAGGUCAAAUUCAACCUCGGCUAUCUGAACAGAGUCCUCACUUCUGAUGGCGCCAGAGAGUUCCAGUCACAGAUCCUCCAAAAUCUUGAACGUUUAGUGUCCGAUCCUGAAUCUACUCUGGGAGCUUACGCUCAACUCCCACUCUCCCAAUCGGCAAUUGCGCAAGAUCGGGGAGAAUUACAAUCGGAAGAACUGCAGAUGUUGGAACGUAAUCAGGUCGACCCAGAUAUUGUUACUGCAAUUAGGGAUGAGAUUGCCAAAAUAGCUGGUGCUGAUCCGUUGAACAUUGAUGAACGAAAGACUGUAUUCCAGUAUGGACUUGAUAGUAUCGAUGGCAUCAGAUUAUCUUCGGCUCUAAAGAAACGAGGUAUUUCGAUGCCACUGAGCACCAUUCUCAAACAUCCGUCGGCACUUGCUAUGGCUCAAUGGCAUGCGCGAUUAAUGCAUGUGGAGUCAAAACCAAAGGAUGGUGCGCGGGACUUCUCGAUUGAAGAGUUCUUGCGGGACGUGACGUCACUGCCUGAUUGCGAAGGUGCUUAUUACUGUACUCCUCUUCAAGACGGAAUCAUAUUUCAAGCCUUGACAACAAACAACAAGCUGUAUGUCAAUCAAAAUGUUCUUCUGUUGGAUUCUGGUAUCGAUGUUGCACGUCUCCAGAACUCAUUUGAAAAGGUGAUACAGUCCAACGCAAUCUAUCGGUCAGUUUUCAUUACGCUCGAUGGUCUGCUACCGCAGCCAAAGUCUCAUUACGGUCUUAUCGUAUUGAGGUCUAAUCAUCUUGCUUGGGAUUCAAACUGGCUGUCGGAUGAAAACUGGGAUAACGAGAUGAAGGGACUAUGCGAUAAUGCGGCGUCUGCUAUCGAUCAUUUUCCUGCGCCUCCUUUAUCUAUCUGUAUUGCUCAGUCUGAGACUCGCAGGGCACUAGUCUUGACAAUCUCCCACGCUCUUUAUGACGGACAUUCUCUCGGUUUGUUCUUGGAUGAUGUCGUGAACGUUUACAAAAGCGGUGCCAGUAUAGAACGGCCACACUUUGCUCCUCUACUGUCUAGGGUGCUUGGAGAGUCUCAAAAGGCAUCAAGUAUAGCUUUCUGGAAUUCAGCCUUUGCAGGGUUUGAGAUUGAAAGAUUUCCUAAGCUAUCAGGUCAACUCACAGGCUCCAGUGAACCCUCCCGAGGUAUGAGCCGUUCUUCGUUGCGCAGCAAGUUGUCGCUUGCUCAAUGCCUAGCAUUUGCUAGAGAGCGCGGAACAACGCUGCAAACGAUUGCGCAGGUGUGCUGGAGUAUUUUGCUCUCAAGAUAUCUGGGCACAAAUGACGUUGCAUUUGGAACUGUUUUGUCUGGCAGAACAACGGAGGAUGACGAAAAUGUUCAAUUCCCGAGCAUGGUCACUGUGCCCACGCGGGUCUCAGUUAAUGGCUCGUUCACCUCUAUCAUUGGCAGGGUGCACGCAUUUUUCAACCUUGCGCGAGACUAUCAGUACUGUCCGUUGAUUGACAUCUACAAAACGGCAGCUGAAGGGCAUCGACUGUUUGAUACUUUGUUCAUCUUUCAGCGUCCGCCCCCUGAUGAGUCGACGAUCUGGACGUCAAUUGAUGGCUCUUCUGCAGUUGAGUAUUCCGUUGCUGUGGAGUUUGAGCAAUUGCCCGAUGGACUAAGGUGGAGUGUCGCAGCUCAAGCAUCUGAGAUCUCAAGUGAUGAUGUUGGUGUUCUGGCUGCGCAACUUGAUGGUGUUCUUUACAGCAUGGUCUCUGAAACCGACUCCUCUGAUUACCUAUCAGAAUCGAAAUUUGUUGGCAGUAAAGGGAGAUCAACACUGUCUCGCGCCGAUUUCAAUGCUGUUGAGCUGCCGACGGAGAUGAAAGAUUUCUUGUCAGAUCUUGAUUCCAUCAAGACCAUCCUUGUUGUUGAUCAUGACGGCUCUGUGCUUCCGAUCGGGUGCGCUGGUGAGCUUUCGCUUUUGAAAUACGAUAGCCAGACGCCUAUUCGAACGGGACUUAGAACCAGACUCUUGAGUUCAGGGAAGCUAUUAUAUCUUGGCAUGGUCAGUUCCAUUCUGAGCUACAACGGUUUAAGUCUCGACACGAACGCAAUCUCCGACGUGAUAUGUGGCUCUUCAACAGAAAUUUUUGCUGCUAAGACCUUCAUACUUGACUCGUCGUUGAUUGUGUAUGCUUUUCUCAAGAGUCAUGAUUAUAGUAUGAUUUCUUCGAUCAUCUUUUCUGCUCUAAAGAGUACAUUUACGUACGGCAAGAUACCUUCCUAUGUGAUUCCUAUUGAGCCCGGUAAUCAGACGGUGAAUAUGGAGGAUACAGAGUCGAUGAGAAGGCAUUUCGUGAGCUUGGAUGUGCAGACUAGACAAAAGUAUCAUCGUGACUAUAUCCACUCGGCCGAUUCAUGGAGUUAUAUCGAGACCAAGAUCAGAGAGGUUUUGUCGCGCGUUUCAAAUAUCUCGACUGAGGAGAUAUCGAAGGAUCAGAGCUUGUUCCAGAUGGGUCUGGAUUCGAUUAGCUGUAUCCAGGUUUCGAAUCUCUUGCGACAAGAGGGGUUACUGAUCAGCGUGAGUGAGAUCAUCAAUUGUGGCAAUAUUCGUACCAUUAGCUACCGCUUAGGUCAGUUGGCACGGGAAUCUCGAUCGCUGAUGGAGCCUUCUGAGAAGACGAGAGACUACUCAAGUCUUCUAAGUGAAGACAUCCUGGGUGCUACAGGGAUCGAUCGCAGUGCAAUCGAAACCGUUCUCCCAGCUACUUCCGGCCAAGUUUAUAUGCUUUCGGGAUGGCAGUCAUCGAGCCGAACUCUACUGUUCCCCACGUUCUGCUUUGGGUGUGCUGAUCAGAUUGACGAAGUGCGUCUUCUUGAAGCGUGGAAGGAAUUAGUUCGUACACAGCCUAUUUUGCGCACUACGUUUGUCGCGAGUCAGUCUGAGAAACAUCCGGUUCUGCAGCUGAUUCUAAGAGCUGAGAAUGCUGAUGUUUGCUGCUCUGCGGGCGAUACGUUUGAUCCGGAUCAGGAUGCUGUCGUUGGAGUUGUCCCAGUGAGAUUGCAUUAUCAGUCUGGAAAGAACCCGGCAAUUUAUCUGACAAUCCACCAUUCUUUGUACGAUGCGUGGUCGCUUAGGAUGAUUGUUUCCCGUUUGUCUGCGUUGUAUGAGGGGCUUGCUGUGCCUGAGUUUGAAGGCCAGGUGCGCGAUAAGUUCAUCAACGGAAUCAUUUCCAAUGAGAACGACAACGGCAAGUUCUGGAAGGCUCAGAUGGCAGCUGUACCGAAAAUCUCAAAGGUGCAGCUCAAGACUUCUCGAGCCGAGCUUUUGAGAAGAAAUGCGGUUAAGCAUGCGGAUAGCCUGACUUCAUUUGUGAAGAAGAACGACAUAACUGUUAGUACUCUAUUGCUUGCAGCGUUCUCGGUCAUUUACAACGACGAGAUUGUACGAAACACCACUGAACCGGUGGCGUUUGGAAUGUAUAAUUCCGGCCGAACAGUUGACUGCGCAGGGGUUCUAGACCUGGCGUUCCCUACAGUUAACAUCCACCCAUUGAUUGUGGAUACUACUGGAAAGGCUCUGGUUACCGUCGCGAAAACUAUCCAGAACUCGCUCAGAGAGGUUAGUCAGGGGUACCGGUCUCAAGUUGCGCUAUGGCAGGUGAAGGAGUGGACAGGCGUCGAUAUUGACUGCGCUGUGAACGUGUUGGAAGGUGUUUCCGAGAUUGGCGGUGAUGGACGUGGGGUUUUCCGUCAGUCUGAUAGGACGGUUGGGUCGGUGAGGAGAGAAGAUGAUAGAUUUGGUCGGUGUGUCGAUGGAAAUCGCGCGCAGAGCUCUUCUAUUCUCAACCUGGAUGUUGAGUUUGCGUUUGUGGACGGUAGAGUGGAUAUCGGAGUGUUCUACCAUGAGGGUGUUCUAGGGGACGAAAUGGAAGGGGAUGCAUUCAUAGAGAAGAUGGCAGGCUUGAUUGAUGCUGAAUUGGCACAGGCUGCCUGAUUGUGAUGAUUUGUUUGUUUUUGCUUUCUUGCUAUACAUGUUUAUGACUUUUUUCUGCAUUGUUAACGAUACAAAAAUUCUAUAUGUUAUAUGAUACAACUCGGAUCGUGAAUUAGAGAUUAUAUUAAUAA